GAGCCCGUGGUGCUGACAGACACCAAUCUGGUUUAUCCUGCUCUGAAAUGGGACCUGGACUACCUCCAGGAAAACAUUGGCAAUGGGGACUUCUCAGUGUACAGUGCAAGCACACACAAGUUCUUGUACUACGACGAGAAGAAGAUGGCCAAUUUUAAGAACUUCAAACCCAAAUCGAGCAGGGAAGAGAUGAAGUUUACUGAGUUUGUGGACAGACUCAAAGAAAUACAACAAAAAGGGAGUGCCGAGAGGCUAUAUCUGCAACAAACCCUGAAUGACACAGUUGGAAGGAAGAUUGUGGUGGAUUUCCUUGGUUUCAACUGGAACUGGAUUAACAAACAGCAAGGGAAACGUGGCUGGGGUCAGCUGACUUCUAACUUGCUUCUUAUUGGCAUGGAAGGGCAUGUGACACCAGCUCAUUAUGAUGAGCAGCAGAACUUCUUCGCUCAGAUUAAGGGCUACAAGAGGUGUAUCCUCUUCCCUCCUGAUCAGUUUGAAUGCCUCUACCCUUACCCUGUGCACCACCCGUGCGACAGACAGAGCCAGGUGGACUUUGACAAUCCUGACUAUGAGAAGUUUCCAAACUUCAGGAGCGUGGUUGGCUACGAGACGGUGGUGGGCCCGGGGGAUGUGCUCUACAUACCUAUGUACUGGUGGCACCACAUCGAGUCUCUCCUGAAUGGGGGGAUUACCAUCACUGUGAACUUUUGGUACAAGGGUGCCCCAACCCCAAAGAGAAUUGAAUAUCCUUUAAAGGCUCAUCAGAAAGUGGCGAUAAUGAGGAACAUUGAGAAGAUGUUGGGAGAAGCCUUAGGAAAUCCACAAGAGGUGGGUCCCUUGUUGAAUAUGAUGAUUAAGGGCCGGUAUGACUAAUGCCUGGCUGCCCGGGUGACUGAUGUUGGAGCUGCUUUGUUCACAAGCAAUGGAAGAUACUGAGAGCUAGUAUUGCACGCAGCACUUAACAGACUGAUGGGUUUCCUGGCCCAUCCCUGCCCCACUAUAAUAAAGGGGGCUUCUGGAACUGCAAAACCGUUAGUACCCCAUUCAUCCUCCACUCUCAUCUAACCAAACCUCCCAAGAAAGAGUCUGCACUUACUGGAAGCUGGAUUCAUGCUCACUAACUUGGGUUUUUUUUUGUCCUUCUGCCCUGUUUGCCUCAACAAAGAGCGUGGCUUCUGCCACUUGGAUGCAUUACUUCAGGAUUUUCAGGCAUUUGAGAAGAGCUUGGCGGAGAACAAGGAGAGAUCUUGUUUCAUCAGCCUCUGGAGUUUGGACUUCCUGGCUGGGGUUGUGUGUUGGUGCCUGCAGUGGACUUGAGAUGGGAAACGAUAGGUUUCACAGUCCUCUGUUGUUAGAGGACCUAUCCGUGCUCAACUGUGGCACCUCUUUGUGUAACAGAAUUGAACAUGUGAGAUGGGCUGUGCAUG